GGGAAGCGGGGAAAGACUGGGGAGGGGCUGAGCUGAAAAUUUGAAGGGACGUGGCCCGCUUAAAAAUCGCCCUUCUGUUGUUAUGUUUAGAAGAGAGGAAGUUUCUACUGUGUACUUCUAUGGUGUCCACGCUGAUCUGUUGAUACUUCCUUUGUAACUCCAUGGUAAAACAGCUUCUGAGAGUAUCAGUUUGGUUACCACAUCAUCUGGAUCCAUUUUAAGAAAAUGUGGACUGCUAAAAGUCUUUUUAGUGCUCAAAUACUGUUGCUUCAGUUGAAAGAAGGCAGAUUGUGUAGUUGGAUGUUUCCAAAAACUCAGCAGUUCUGGAUUGGAGUUCUAAACUAUUGCACCAUAAGAGCGCCACAUAACAGAGUUAAAUUCCAGGUUUCCAAGGUAAAUGAUAAACAAUCAGUAGUAGAUACAAGAAUGGCUACUAGUGCAGAGGUAACUAAAAAAGCUGCUGGAAAAAGUCCCAGUGGAGUAUGUGAUGGAAGCCAACAUUCAUUAGAAGCAAAAAUGAAACAUAUCAAUCUGUCAUUUGCAGCUUGUGGUUUUCUGGGUAUUUACCACUUGGGGGCAGCAGCUGCUUUUUACAGACAUGGUAAGAAGUUACUGAAAGUUGUGAAAGCUUUUGCAGGAGCUUCUGCGGGAUCACUGGCUGCCACUGUCUUAUUAGCAGUACCAGAAAAUAUAGAGAAGGGUAAGCAGUUUGCCUAUGGAUUUGCAGAGGAAGUUAGAAAAUUGGACUUUGGUGCUGUAACGCCUGGUUAUGAUUUUAUGAAAACGCUUAGGGAAGGCAUAGAGUCUAUUCUUCCUUCAAAUGCUCAUGAGAUAGCUGAGAACCGGCUCUAUGUGUCAGUCACUAACACCAAAAAUGGGGAAAAUCACUUGAUUUCAAAUUUUGCCUCCAGGGAGGACCUCAUUAAGGUCCUGCUAGCAAGUAGUUUUGUACCAGUAUAUGCAGGAAUUAAGCCAGUGGAAUAUAAAGGAGAGAAGUGGGUUGAUGGUGGCCUUACCAAUGGCCUUCCUAUCUUGCCUGUUGGAAGAACUGUGACGAUUUCUCCUUUCAGCGGUCGAUUAGAUAUUUGUCCACAAGAUAAAGGACGUGUGGAUCUUUAUGUUAAAUUUGCAAAACAAGAUAUAAUGCUGUCUCUGGCCAACCUAGUAAGACUUAAUCAAGCUUUGUUCCCACCAAACCAGGAGAAAAUGGAAUCAUUGUACCAAAAUGGAUUUGAUGAUGCUGUACGAUUUUUACUGAAAGAAAACUGGUUUGAAUAGAUGGUACACAGAAAAUUAACAAAACCUGAUGGCUGUCAAAACACAGCUACAGGCAUCCUACAGAGUGUCAGGGAUUGCUGUCCCAAUCCUGUUUAUGAAAAUGAAAGUCCCAGUGGAAUUGCAUCUGCUUCUGCCGAGAAAGUAUCAGUUGCACUCCAAAGACCUGUAUGAACAUGUCACAAUGGGAGUUGUACUUGCCUGGUAGUUGUCUUGUUUUGAGGAGGUUCAAGCUUUGAUCCAUUUUGCUUCAGCUGAGGACUUGAGUGUGGGAUUUGUAAAACGCUCAUGUUGCCAUAAUUACAGAAAUUUGGAAAAGUCUUUUUCAGUGUUAUUUGAGAGACAAAUCGACAUUGUACCAUGAAAAAUUACAAUCUGUAUUGUUCACUUAAUGUAAUAGUUGUGCGUGCUAAUUGGAUGCUUGCAAUGUUGCUGAUCUAAUACAUAUCUUGCAGUGUUCUAAAGGACUUGAACACGUAGCACUAGCCACAAGAAAUAAACCAUUUGCACUCUUUUACUCUGGUAUUUGUAUUUUUUAACAUUAAAAGUUCUUGCCUUUUUCAGUGAAUGUGGUCUUUUAAAAUUCGAAAUACUAAUUGAAAUUUGUAACAGAAGUGUGAUGUUUGAA